GAGAUUUUAUUAACAGUACCUUCUUCCAUUCCAUCCAUACCAACGAAUAUUUUAUACAGUUGAUUUUCAUGUCUCAUUCUGAAGCCGUGCUGCUACUGCAACUAUUCAGAUAUGCAAAUCAGACUUCUAAAUCAACGAACUCAGGUGUUACCUACGAUGCAUUAGGGUUUCUUAAGGCAGUCAGAGUUGCAUUACAAAACCAGAUGGAAAAGUAUGAUCAAUUUAUAAAUGUCCUAAGAGAUUUCAGUUCUAAAAGAAUUUACAUAAGUCAGGUCAAAGCAAAAUUGAAGACCUUGUUUAAAAGGCAUAAAUAUUUAAUUUUGGAAUUCAACUCCUUCAUGCCCAAGAAACAUCGAAUCACACUUUCACUUGAAGAAUCAGAUGCAUCACGUUUUGUGCAGGCACUAAAACAUGCCAUUCAAUAUAAGAGAGAAAAUAAUUAUGAUGAUUUUGUCAAAGUUAUGAAGGAUUACCGGAAUCAAACUAUUGAUUUAAGCUGUGUCUCUGCAAAAGUGAAGGUCAUGCUCAAAAAUCAUUCCGAUUUAAUUUUAGAAUUCAACACCUUCAUGCCAUCUAAAUAUCGUAUCAAGACCACCGGAAAAAAAGAAGAUAAUGGUGAAUUAUGUCAACUUCCUUGGGAUGUACUUGAUGUCAUUUGCAAAACACUAGAUUUUGACGACCUCUUUUCAUUUUCUGGUGUUUGCAAGAAUUGGAGGACUUUUCAUAAAUCAUAUUUCUUGUCAUCCCAAGAACCAUUGCUUGUUCGUAUGAAUGGUUAUCAUAGUGAAUCGUAUUCCUUUAUUAGCAUACCCAAUAAGAAAGAAUAUGAUUUGAAAAUGGUGAGUUGCUUCCAGCUCCCCAAAUGUAUCUAUGUUAGAGUUUCCAGCGGAUAUUUCAUCUUCGCCCAUGAAAAUAAUUCAUUUUUGCUAUUCAAUCCAUUUACGAGGAAAAAAUUGGUAAUUGAUGCAACAUUUAGAGUUAAUCAUAUGAUAUUUUAUCGGUAUGAAGCUUUGCUUGCUUUUGAGAAAUGCUCUGAGGAAUUUGUGUUGGUGGUUUUAUGCCUAGAGUCUAGCCGUUUGUAUGUCUAUCAAUCUCGACACAAUGGUUGGUUUACUUAUUCAACAUUAAGACCAGAGGAGGUGGUAGUCGACUUUGUGGUUUCGAAUAAUAUAAUAUAUGUUGUCACAAACAAUGCCAGCAUAGGGAUAUUAAACUUGAAUUCUAGAAAUAUUAAAUUUCUAAACCUCAAGAAUACUCCGGAUAAACUUCUCAACAGAGGACCCUCAGAAAUGUCGUUUAAGUUGGUUAAUUGUGAUGAGCAACUUUUAGUGAUUGAUUUUCGAUCCUGGCACUCGAGAAGGGAUGUUUACAAGAUAGACUUGUCAACCAUGAAUUAUGUUAAAAUGGAAACUUUGGGUGACAUUGCGUUAUUUUAUGUUUCUUUUAGAAACUGUCGGGCAUUGAGCAACCCCAUGAGAUUUGGAUAUCGGAGCAAUUACGUGUAUGAAGUAAAUUGUUUUUCCCAAUGUGCUAUGUAUGAUUGGAAUGAUUAUAGAUUAAACUGUUAUGAUUGUUCAGUUGGAGAAUUGGAUUUCUUUGAUUGGUGUUUUAGAGAUUUAAUAGGCCAAGGUUCUGUUAGAGACUUCAAUUUAUUUGAUUGGUGUUUUAGGCAUUUAAACUAUCAAGUUGAUUAUUCUUUAGUUGAAUAAUUGUUAGUUGUAUGAUUUCCUUGUUUUCUUUUUGGCUUGGUUUGAGUUGAAAAAAACUUGUAAUGUAUUCGGAUAAUAAUGCUUU